GCCAUAAUACAGUCGGUCAAUUCAGUGCGAAAUGUUUCAUUGCAACCAUCGGAUUCCUCCGUGGAGGCAGCAGGGUAGUCUAUUCCAAAGAUAUGCGAGAAAGUGAUGGAAAAGUUUUGUGAAACUGUAACAGCGAGAUUAACGGAAUUAAGUUUAUACUAAUAUCGUUAGAACAUACCAUUCAAUGGAUAGUGUAAACUUGUCGACCGGACUUUGAUGAUGCUUCUCCCGAUAAUUUACAUGCAGCUUGACAGCUGAAUGCUAUUAAGUCUCUAGUGUUGGUUUACUAAAUGUGAUAUCAUAUUCUUUGACACAACUCAUGUAUAGGCCUUUAAGUGAUGAAUAGUACAACCUUGAAUGGCGCACCAAAGAUGGGUGCCCUUGACAUAGUGCGGAUUAACGUGGGUGGGACAAUCUUUAUGACGUCCCGGAAGACACUGAAGACAUUCCCCGGCACCAAGUUAGACCAGCUUGGGACGAACUGCGGGGAGUAUGAUGAGAAAUCGGACUCGUACUUCUUUGACCGGAAUCCUGUCCUAUUUAACUAUGUCCUGGACUGCUACAGAAGUGGCAGAUUCCAUUUCCCGAGUUACUUAUGCGGAGACAGCGUCAUGGAGGAGUUAUGCUUCUGGGGCCUGGACGACAACGUGAUAGCAAACUGCUGUCUUAAGUCUUAUGAUGACUACGAGGAGAGACGACACACUUUGGAGGCCAUUUAUAAGACCUCUAAUUGUGAUAUGAGACAAAAGGCGAGGACAGAAAUGCUGGAUAAUACUGGCUUGAGGAGGAUGCGGUAUCAGUUAUGGUUGUUCCUAGAGUACCCCAACUCCUCAACAUCAGCCAAGGUUUGGUCCUUCUUCAACCUGUUCCUCGUGCUUGCCUCGGUGUUGUCAUUCUGCCUGCAAACGUGCCCAGAAUUCCGCCAGCCAAGCCCUUUCAGCUCCUCCAGACAAGAAACACCCAAAGCAUACCAGACAUCAUUCGACAAGGGCUACCUCCUGCGGACAACUGAUGCUGCCGAUUGGAUUGUUUACUUUGACGUCCUCAUUAAUUCAUUGUUCACCGUUGAUUUGUUUAUCUGCACUGCCCUUUCUCCAAACAUCCGGUGUUUCCUUAAAGGUUUUUUAACUUGGAUAGAAAUCAUCUGUCUCGCCACAUUUUGGUCAUACCAAGGUCUAACUUUCUAUUCGCAUGCCAAUGGGAACUUCGCCACUGGGUCAAUUGGUCAGCUCAUGGCAUUCUUUUUCAUAGCUUUGCAACCUCUGAGAACAUUACGCUUCCUGAAACUCUCUCAUGUAUUCGUAGACUACCGUGCCAUUCUUCUCUCUAUCCGAUACAGUUUGAAGGAAUUCUUUGUUCUGUGUAUCUUCGUUGUGACGGCGAUGUUCUUUUUCUCCAUUACGAUUUUUAUUGCCGAGUUCAAAGUUCCGGGGAAGUUUAGCACCAUCCCAGAAAGCUUCUGGUGGGCUGUGAUUACAAUGACGACAGUUGGUUAUGGAGAUGUAGUGCCCGAGACAAGUUGGGGAUACGCCAUCGCUUGUGUUUGUGCAAUUUGUGGCAUCAUUAUAACAGGGUUAGCUAUAUCUGUACUGAGUAAUAAACUCAGUCUUUAUCAAAUCUAUGCAAAGAUUGAAUGCACUGCAUUAAAAAGGAAAGAUCAUCAUAACAUGAACACAAAAAGUCUAUGCAAAUAAAUAUAAUGAGUGCGAGCCGGGUAAUACUUCUUUUGCAAAGUUCUGAAAGCUGUUGGUGGAACAAAUCUAACGGUACAAGCGUCGAAAGGAAAUUACCUAAACGUCAAUUGCUGCGUUAAAAACUGCAUGGAGUGCUGGAGAAAAGCUUUUAAAACCUAUUAACGACGGCUUCUAAGGCAUCCUUCGCCGAGUACUGAAGGACACAAAGUGAGUUCUCGACAAUACGCGCACGAGUGUCACCCUUGUUUUGUUGCUGUUGAAUUUGACAAGUCUGGUAUUAAGUGGCCACCUCCCAAAGCGCACAUGCCAAAAACUACAAAAUCUGCCGAAGAUCUAAAUAGUGUUUAACACAAGUGCCUUGCAAGUGCUUCCAGCUGCCAAUAUGUAGGUGUCGAGUGCAAGGGUACAUCAUUGAUUCUGUGGGGUUUAUUAUCUGUUGAUUCUACAUAUGACAAGAGGUUUUGAAGUAACUAUUCAUACAACUGUGUCGCUGCGGUGGUUUCUAAAUUGGGUUGACGGUAUGAGCAGAUGGGAUGAGGUGGCAGUUGCCUCGUAUCUAUAUUUUGUAACAUGCAUAAUAUUAUCAGUAAAAGCAGUGCAAGUUGGUAAUAGGCAGUUUUCACGAUCCUUACGAAGAGCUAAGAACGACCAAGUUCGAAGUAUGUACUCUUGAAAACUUCUGGGAUUCCUCGUUCUCUAUAUGUAUGACCGCCUUACGAGUGUGGGAUCAAUAAAUUAGCGCAGGGCUUUAUGAUACUACACUAUACGGACCUUCGAAGGGCCUACGUCUACAUCAUCGUUCGCAAAAGGUGCGAAACUUGCCAUUUAUCAGAUAGGUAUAAUUUUGAAGUGAACGACGACUGACAUUUUGUCAGUAUUCUAGGUUAAAAGUUUUUAUAUUGAUACCCCUGUACUUGAUUCGUUAUUUUUCAUUUUAGUGUUUUGAAGAACAUUUUAUAAGCUUUUAACAAACAUUGAUGGCAAGUUGACAACAAUGUUAUUGCAUUUGUGCCAUUAAGGAUACGUAGAUCUAUGUGCAUAUGUUAUAUAAACGUUUAUUCGAAUAUUGACUGCAAAAUUGUGAGGACGCAUAAAACACAGGAGGUGGUACCGUCAUAGUAAUGUGUAUUUACAGUAUUCUCAGCUGAGUAAAAGGAAGAGGGAGUAUAUGGAGAAGGAGAUGGCGGGCGCGGUCUCUUAUCAUAUCAGUAAAAAAGAAAUGGCCAUAUAUCAGGUGAUGACAUAACUUGAGUGCCAUAUAAGUCAGAAAGAAGAGAACAUGUGUGCAGAAUGAGGUGCCAUUACAUGGGUUUUAUGCCAUACAGUGGAAACUGGUAACGCGACCACCCCGCUAUGACGACCAAGAAUCGCCGGUCCCGAAUGGUUUCCUCUCUAAUCACCAUGACAAGGCCCCCGGUAACACGACCACCUCGGUACCCAGACCACGACCACUGUGGAUUGGGAGGUUCCAAUGACCAAAUUCACCUUUUUUUCUGCUCAAAAUGAAGAAAUAUCAUCAGCCCCAAAAUCAUGUUUUAUACUUUCACAGUUGUAUCCAGUGAAAAAAUAAAUUUAUCUGCCGAAGUAAGGCGCUAAAUGUCAUUCAUUGCGUUCAUACGUUUUUUUAAAGUGAGAAAUGUUGACUCGGAUUCAA